AUGUCGCGACCACAACGGCCAAGAGGAGUACCAACCCCGAACUCGCGGUUCCGAGUCCAUGCCCAAGAGCCAAAACUCCAAAUUCCAGAACCCAUAGUCUCCGAGGGCCCAUCCCUCUCCAAAGAACCACGAGCAUCCCUCAUUUCACAUCUCCUCACAAACAUCCGCCAACGCAUCUCCGCCCUCCCAUACCCAGUCCGACGAGUAUGUCGCACCUUUCGCUGGGCAGUGCCUAUGCUCCCGAUUGCGCUCUUCUUCCCAGAACAUGUAAUGCAAGUGAUGUGGGUUCGCGGGCCGUCAAUGACACCAUACUUGAACGAGGAGUAUGCGGAAACGCAAACGAAGAGCGACAUAGUGAUGGUCAACAUGUGGCCAUGGGGAUCCCUUACGCCGUUCAAAAAUGAGCGGAAAUUGGAACGAGGAAUGAUCGUUACUUUCCGGUGGGUUUUCCCUAUGCGCAUUUUAUUUUCUUCCUUAAACCCUGUUCUGUUUAUGGAGUCAAGUGCAGCAACCAAUACUAACAACGAUACAUACAGCUCCCCUGCAAACCCAUCUCAUAUCGCUAUUAAACGCGUUGUCGGUCUACCCGGUGACCGAAUCACGACUCGGGAACCAUGUCUGCGACAAACGCAGAUCGUCCCCUGGAAUCAUGUUUGGUUGGAGGGUGAUGCUGAGGAUCCGCGGAAGACGCUGGAUAGUAACACUUAUGGACCUGUCAGUCUCAGCUUGAUUACUGGGCGGGUGUUUGCGGUCUUGGGACCGCGGAUGCGAUGGCUGAAGUGGACGGACUGGGAAUCUGACAAGGGGGAGUCUGGGUCGGAUGAUGCGGCUGUGAACUCGUAUGGACAGAGCACGCGGGGUCGUGUAUUGAAGAAUGCUGUUAAGCUCGAGCAGCCCAUGUUGAAUUGA